AUGUCACAUCACAGUGAUGACAAUAUGUUAAUAGCAAGUAGUGAUUCGUUCUGGGAACCUGGCAAUCAUAAACGCACCACUAAACGUAUCGAAGAUGGCUAUCGGUUAUGUAAUGAUCUUAUUACUCUCAUACAAGAACGAUCAGAUAUCGAAAAAGCUUAUUCCAAGAGUUUAAAAGGAUGGUCCAAGAAAUGGAAUGAAAUUAUUGAAAAAGGUCCAGAAUAUGGAACGACAGAAGCAGCUUGGAAGGGUGUUCUAGUUGAAGCAGAUAGACUAUGUGAUCUACACAUAAGAGUGAAAGACGACUUGUGUAAUGAUAUAAUGCAACAAGUAAAGACGUGGCAAAAAGACAAUUAUCAUAAGACUGUUUUACACAUAAAAGAACGAAAAGAAAUGGAAGAAUCAUUUAAAAAAGCUCAAAAACCUUGGUGCAAACUGUUGACCAAGGUUAACAAAACAAAAAAUGAGUACCAUAUUGCAUGUAAGGCGGAGAAAUCAGCAUCAAAUCAAGAACGAAAUGCAUCUGCUGAUAGUUCCUUAUCUAUGGAUCAAGUAAAAAAAAUGCAAGAUCGUGUAGCCAAAUCGAAAGAAGAAGUGCAGAAAGCCAAAGAAAAGUAUGAAAUGGCUCUACAAGAACUAAAUGCAUACAAUCCAAAAUACAUGGAAGAUAUGACAGUUGUAUUUGACCGAUGCCAAGAAACAGAAGCUAGAAGAUUACAGUUUUUUAAAGACACGCUGUUUACAAUACACAAGUGCCUAAAUGUUUCUCAAGACCCAGUAUUGCCCCAGAUUUAUGAAGAGUUUUAUCAUACUAUCAAUAAUGCCGAUCACGAGAAAGAUUUACGGUGGUGGUCAAAUAAUCACGGUGUCAAUAUGGCCAUGAAUUGGCCCUUAUUUGAGGAUUAUAUAGAAGAGUUCCGGGAUAUAUCCAAGGGAAAAAUCAAAGAAUCUAUACCUGCUGGAACAAUAACAUUAAUCAAUCAACGAUCAGUCGGCGAAGAUUUGCAUGUAAAUGAUUUACAUACAACUCAUCCAAAGAUAAAUAGUAAAAAGCCAACUGUUGCGUUAUCACGAUCAAAUGAUAGUGCAGACGACCAUAAACAAUCAACAGACAAAUCAAAUGGAACAAAAUCACAUCCGAUAACCAAUGGAGCUUCCAAUAGCCAAACACCAGACUCCAACCCAUUUGAGGAGGAGGAAUGGGAUGAGGAAGAAGGAGUUGGUCCCGAUGGUGCGCUUGUGGACAACGGUGAGCCCGGUGUACCUGUAAAAGCACUCUAUGAUUAUGAGGGUGCCGAAGCAGAUGAGCUUAGUUUCAAACAAGGAGAGUUAUUUGAAAAAUUAGAAGAUGAAGAUGAACAAGGCUGGUGCAAGGGACGCAAGGAUGGCCGAGUUGGAUUAUACCCUGCCAAUUAUGUAGAAUCAGUAUCAUAA